AUGGACAACUCCAUAACGUCCUCCAUCGCCAAUCCACUUUUCCACGUAUAUCGAGACAGAGAAUAUCCCAUUUCGUCGGAUAUGCCGGGGAAGGACGAUGACUUACUCGCCCGCCUGAAUGCCGCGAAGCCGUCAUCGGUCAAACUCAACCCGGCGGCUCCCUCGGUGGAGAUUCAGACUUCCGAGCCACACACGGUCGAGGACAAGCUCGCAGAGCGACUGAAGACGCUGAGGUCUGGCGGAUCUGUGAACAGUUCGCCCAAGUCUCAGGAUAGAUUUUCUCAGAAUUCCUUGUCGCCAGCCGCGCGCCUCACGUCUCGAGUGAAAGACAAAGUUGCGGCCGAGCACGACCCGAUCCGGGAUUGGCGGCAGCAGGAUGGCGACGAGCAGACACUGGAGGAAUUGCUUGCCGAGCUGGGGCCCGAUGACCAAUGGAAGCUGGAUCCUGAAGACCCAAAGGACAUUAAUGCGCUAUUGAAAGAAGCGAAAGAGGCAUUGCCGACAGAGAUAGAGCAGAGUGAGCUCCGCCAGAACGGGCAUGGCAGGGAAUUCGAUGAACAGUUUCAAUCUGAGGAUGGAAAUGAGUCGACCGAUCAGAAGCAUGAUGAAGCGAAGAACGAUGAAGCAAAGGACGAAGAAAAUGCUGAUGACUAUGUGAAACGUGUGCUUGCUGAAGUGGAAUAUGAGAGAAAAUACGGAGGCGACGACGCAGAUGAUGCAGUACACACUGAGCAAGAGCGCAAUGGCGACCCUCUGAACCUGCCCUCAACGCCGUCGAAUCUACCCGAACCAACGACGUUUGUGUCUGAGCCAGCUCCUUCAUCGAAAGAAGACGAUGACCUGCAAGCACGAUUCUCCAAAUUGGGCCUUGGAGGGCUCGAUCUUCCUUCCACACCCACCUCGAAACCCUCUGCAAACACGAAAGUCACCGCCCACGGAAAGCCAAAGUCGAACUUACCGGUUUACACGGAUGAGGAUAUUGAAUCAUGGUGCUGCAUUUGCAAUGAAGACGGCCAAGUGCGCUGCCUGGGCUGCGAUGGCGACAUUUACUGCCAGAAUUGCUGGCGUGACGGCCACGGAAACGGGCCUGGACAGGAAAGAGGCCACAGAGCCGUUCAAUACAAUAAUCGCAAGGGGUCAGCAUCCGCUGCUUGA